AUGGUGAUGAGGCAGACGAAUAACGUGGCCAACAUCCCAGAUGUCCACGUCGCAAAGGCCUCCUACAAAGACGAGAUAUUUAAAAAUGGCUGGGCGUACCUGGAAGUGAGCACCCAGGCCAAGUUCGCGAACUCGCAGCAGGCGCACGCGGCCGGGUACCUGGAGGGCUACCUCUCGAGGGACCUCAUUUGGAUGCACUGGUGCAACUUACUGCAAGGAUAUUGCGCCGGCAAGGAAGACGUGUGCCAAAUGGUGGACGAUUUCGUGGACGCCAACGAGGACUACGUGAUCACGGAGGCAGUGCGGCAUCAGCACGAACCCUUCUGGUAUCAGAUCUUGCUGCUCUACUACCAGCUGGAGGGGCUCGCGUGGGGGUACAGGAACGCCACCACGGACCCGGACAAGCUCCUCACCUUUCGGGAUAUCUUCUGGAUGAACAUGAUGGGGGAUCUGGACGAGCUAGCGUUCUCCAUGAUCCUGCGCUCCAACCACUCGAAACGCGACCUCGACCCCGACCCCACGGCGCGCCUCGACCGCUGCACAGGCCUCGUCAAGCUGCUGCCGGACCUCUCCAAUCUCUACACCUCGCAGACCUCCUGGAACAGUUACAAUUCAAUGCUUCGGAUACAGAAGAUGUACGUGCUCAACUACCGGGUCUCGAGAUACAGCAGGGAACGGAUCCCCGGCUACAAGAUGUCGUUCUCCUCCUAUCCUGGCCUUGCCUCCUCCUUAGACGACUUCUACAUCAUCUCGUCGGGGCUGGUGCCGGCGGAGACGACCAUCGGGAACAGCCGGCGCGCGCUCUUCGACCUCAUCAAGCCGGUUGGAAAAAUUCUGGAGUUCGUGCGUGCGAUGGUGGCUAACCGCUUGGCGCGCGACGGACGCGAGUGGGUCACAAUCUUCAGGCAGCGAAAUAGUGGCACUUACAACAACCAGUGGUACAUAGUGGACUACAACAAAUUUAAGCCGUCAGACACUGGGUGCCCGGGGCGCGUGAGCCCCGGCCUGCUGUGGGUGGUGGAACAGCUGCCCGGGACCACCGAGGCGGCCGACUUAACGGCAACGCUAGUGAAUACCUCUUACUUCCUGUCUUACAACAUGGCACACUUCCGGCGGAUAUUCGAGCUGGGCGGCGGGCUCGAGCGCAUAAAGAUGUACGGCGACUGGUUCGGGCAGGAGACACACCCGAGGGCCAGGAUGCUCAAGAGACUUCAGGCUGGUAUCCACAACCUGCGUGACAUGUUCCACGUGAUGCGCUAUAACGACUACAAGCACGAUCCUCUCGCGCGCUGUCCGCAGUGCAAGCCGCCGUACAGCGCGUGCAACGCCGUCGCGGCCAGGAACGACCUAAACCCGGCCAAUGGAACAUACCCAUUCCAAGCGUUAGGCCAUCGCUGCCACGGUGCCAUCGACACCAAGGUGACGAGCGCGUUCCUGCGCCCCUGGUACGAGUUCCUCGCCGUCUCCAGCCCGCCGCACAACGAGACGCGCGGCGUUCCGCCCUUCAAAUGGAGUGAGUUUGACUUAGGCAAGAACGUGUCCCACAUAGGUCACCCGGAUAAGUGGGUGUUCCCGCCGGUGAUACACCGAUGGGAGUGGCGGGGAGCCCUACGCACAAGGCUACAUAGGCUGGAAUAG